GUCAGCCUCCCAAACAGAGAGAGAGAGAGAGAGAACGUGAAAUGUGUCCAAAAACCACUCCCAUUUGCCUCCAAAAAAAAUAAAAAAAGAAAAAGAAAAACCACUUCCCAUUAAACUCCCGCGGUUCCCAAAUGUAUAAUCCAUCUGUCAUACAAAUAUAUCCUUUUUAAUCUCCAAGCAAUCUUUUCUGCUUUCCCUUUCUUAUUUUCCUCUCACCUUCCAUUUUACCGAAUGCCUUUAUUUCUCUCGCUCACAGAUACACACAGUCACACACUAAUAACCAAAUACGACUCCUCUCCCCUCUUCUUCCUCUCUCUUCAUUACUUCUUCUGCCUCUUCCUACUACUUUAAUAUUCCACCAAACGAACACACACCACUCCCGAAGCACAAAAACUGAGUCCACAUUGAUAGUAUUCACAGGUAAAGAGAGAGAAAGAAACAACAGAAAAGGAAUCGAGAACAGGAGUUUUCUAGAGUGAGAAAGUUUCAAGCGCCAUGGACGUCCAGAUCUAUGGCGUCCUCCGAGUUUUUGUCUUGUCCAUGGUUCUCUGUUUUACCCUUGUUGCUGGGGCUGCAUUGCGGGAUAAUCCGGCUACCAAGCACUCGGGCUCAUCAGGUUCUUCAUCCCAGAUAAAUUCCAACUCUGUUUUGGUGGCCCUUUUGGAUUCUCACUACACAGAGUUGUCUGAGCUUGUGGAAAAGGCCCUCUUGUUACAGACCCUUGAAGACGCGGUUUCCAAGCACAACAUCACCAUUUUUGCCCCCAAGAAUGAGGCUCUGGAGAGGGAUUUGGACCCGGAGUUCAAGAGGUUUUUGUUGGAGCCCGGGAAUCUUAAGUCCUUGCAAAAUCUUCUGCUGUUUCACAUGAUUCCGUCUCGCAUUGAUUCCAAUCAAUGGCCGCGUAAUAAGGACUCCUCCUCCUCCUCCUCCCGCCACACCAGCCUUUGCCCGGACGCCGCCGACGAAGACCUUGAGAUUUCUCACAAGAACGGCGAGAAGCACAUCAGCGUCGCCAGAAUCUUUAAGCCAAACGACAUCGUUCGCCCCGACGGCAUUAUUCACGGGAUUGAGCGAUUAUUGAUACCCAAAGCCGUCCAACAAGAUUUCAAUUCCCGGCGAAGUCUCAGAGCCAUUUCCGCGGUUUUGCCGGAAGGUGCUCCGGAAGUGGACCCAAGGACUCACCGCCUGAAGAAGCCGGCGAGUCCUGCCCCUGCCGGGUCUCCUCCGGCUCUCCCCAUUUUCGACGCCAUGGCUCCCGGCCCAUCUCUGGCGCCGGCCCCUGCUCCCGGGCCGGGCGGGCCUCAUCAUCAUUUCGACGGCGAAGCGCAGGUUAAGGAUUUUAUUCAUACAUUAUUACAUUACGGUGGGUACAAUGAAUUGGCAGAUAUUCUGGUGAACCUCACAUCAUUGGCUUCAGAAAUGGGAAGAUUAGUCUCAGAAGGGUACGUUUUGACGGUUUUGGCACCAAAUGAUGAGGCCAUGGCUAAGCUAACUACAGAUCAAUUGAGUGAGCCAGGUGCGCCGGAGCAAAUAGUGUAUUAUCAUUUGAUUCCAGAGUACCAAACUGAGGAGAGUAUGUACAAUGCGGUGAGGAGAUUUGGGAAAGUGAAGUACGACACUUUGAGAUUGCCUCACAAGGUCACCGCCGAGGAGGCUGAUGGGUCGGUGAAGUUCGGCGACGGCGAAAACUCUGCGUAUUUGUUCGAACCCGAUCUAUACACCGACGGUCGGAUCUCAGUUCAGGGAAUCGACGGAGUUUUGUUGCCGCCGGAAGAGAAAAAGGUUGUACCUACUAAAGUUGCCCCGGUGGCUAAGGCUGUGUCAAAGCCAAGGAGAGGGAAGUUGAUGGAAGUGGCAUGUAGUAUGUUGGGAGCAUUUGGGCAGCAUCAUCGAUUCAGUAGCUGUCAUUGAAAAAAUAUAUUUUGUGCUCAAAAAGAGGAAAAAACAGAAGGUCGAAUAGAAGAAAAGAAAAAUGAAAUACAGCAGAUUGGAGUGUGUAAAUGGCUAAUCCCCUCCCCUUUUUAUAUUGUCCAGUAGCGACAACCCAAUGCUCCAACAGCAUAAAUAGAGAGAGUUUCCUGAAUUGUGACAAAUUUUUAGGAACUUGGUAAAAAAAAGAUAUAUUUGUGCAUUACAAAAAUAAAGUGGGGUGGAAAGAUCUUCAAAGUCAAAAUAGCCCAAACCCACAGAAAAAAAAAAAAGAGAGUUUCUUUUCCUUUUCUUUUUUUUUUUUUGAUUUUUGUUAUAAAUACUGUAAUUACAUAUCAAUUUUUUUAUUGUAUUUAAAUGGUUUUUUUGCCCGAUGCGAUCAGUGUAUGCUUCUCAAAUAUCAUACAAUCAUUGAAGUUGAAGAAGAUGAACAAACAUCUCCUUGGUUUAUAUCUCUCCCAAUCACAAUAGUGGUCUUCUUUUCCUAUGUAGUGUUGAUCCUUUCUCCCUUUUAUCCUUUCAUUUUCUAAAUGUAUUGGUGGGAGUAAUUUGUCUAUUCCUUUUCUUUUUUCCAUUUGGCAAUAAUCUCAUUUAAUCGCUUAAGCCACAUGUAUUAUGUUAACCAACCAUAUUCUCAUUCCUUUGUCUAUUACUUCAAUCAUAUGUUGCGGGAGUAAUCAGAACUUAUAAGCGUCAAACAAAUCCGUUUUAGCAAUUCUUUUGUUAUGAUAAUCUCUUUCAGUUGAAAUCUUGCAAAGGUUUUU